UGUUUUCCUUCAACAUUUUUACAAGCUUCGGAAGAUGGCGUGCCUCUCGGCCAGUGUGGUCUUACUCGUGGCCCUUUCCAGCACAUUUGAAUUUGGACUCGUAGCUGGUGAGAGCCUGGCGGGCAGAGGUGGCAGCACUCGGGAGCAGGAAGAACCUCUAGGACGUGCCCGCUCCUUCCAGUUUGUGCCUUCCGUGGGGCUACAGAAUAGUAAGCUACUUAAUAAAACUUGCUGUCUGAACGGAGGGACGUGCAUCCUGGGCUCUUUCUGUGCCUGUCCUCCUUCCUUCUACGGACGCAACUGUGAACGUGAUACACGAAAAGAACACUGUGGGUCUGUCCUCCAUGGCACCUGGCUGCCCAAGAAGUGUUCCCUGUGUAGGUGCUGGCAUGGUCAGCUUCACUGUUUUCCUCAGACCUUUCUACCUGGCUGUGAUGGCCAUGUGAUGGACCAGGCUGUCACAGCAUCCAGGACUCCCGGGCAAGCACCGUCUGUGCCAACCACGUUCAUGCUAGCUGGGGCCUGCCUUUUUCUGGAAAUGAAAGUAUAA